CGCAUAGCCAUUAAAUUUGGCGGAGGCAGCUCCUCAUCUGCAGCAAAACAGUCCCGAUCGAAACCGUCGUCGAGUCUAGGGAAGCGACCGCGCUCUCACGCCUUGGGAGGCGACUCCGACGCCUCGGAUUCUGAAGACGAUCGCCACCGAGGACGACAUGAAGCCAUCACAGGGUUUGGUGCAGAUGGUGCAGAGACAAAGCGCAAACGGCAAAAGGAGGAGAAGAAGGUGUACAUUAUCGAGCGGCAGUCGAAUCGAAGCUGGAAAGAUGAAGUAAGGAGCCACAGACAGUCGAAGAAUCUGCUUCCAGACGAAGCCAGAGCCCAGCAGAAUGCCGUCACCGCCGAGACCGAACCAGCCAGCCAAGAUACACUGCUUAAAUGGGGGUUGACGAUCAAAGAGAAGAAGCCUGUGUCUGAGGACAAUGCGGCCGCAGGAUCGAACGCACAUGCCAGCGACGAUGAAAUGCGAGAAGCAGACAAGGACGAUGGCGAUGGCGAUGCUGCACCUGUACAGCGGACCGCCGAUGAUGAGGCUAUGGACGCUCUCCUUGGUAAAACAACCGAAGACAAAAAAGUUAUUACCGCGGCACACCCAACGGAGGAUGACGCCUACCGCCGCGAUGUUGAAGCCUCCGGCGCGGUAUCCAGCCUCCAGGAUUACGAAGACAUGCCCGUCGAAGAGUUUGGCGCCGCACUGCUCCGCGGCAUGGGCUGGAACGGCGAGAACCGUGGUCCCAAAGUCAAGCAAGUCAAGAGACGACAGAACCGCCUCGGCCUUGGCGCCAAGGAGCUCAAGGAAGAGGAGGAGCUCGGAGGGUGGAACCAGAACGGCAAGAAGAAGUCCAGGCCACGACUGGAUGAUUACAGGAGGGAAGAGAGCAAACGCAAAGAGUCUCGGCGACAUGAGGACAGCUAUAAACGAGAAAGGGAGCGCGAACGU